GACGGACCGCAGAGGUUGUCUGAAGGCCGAGGCCAAGAUGGCGGUGCUGGCGGCUCCUGGCCUGCUCUGCUUCCGGAUCCUAGGUUUUCGCUCCAAGGUGGGCACAGUGGUGCUGGCCCGAGAUGUCCAUCAGAGCGCUACUGCUUAUGGCCCAAGCAGCACCAAGCCUGCUGUGACGAAAGCCGGAACUGUGGUCCGUAAACCCACUGCAUUUCCCAGCAGCCGGGGCGAGUAUGUGGUGGCCAAGCUGGAUGACCUUAUCAACUGGGCCCGCAGGAGUUCGCUGUGGCCCAUGACCUUUGGCCUGGCCUGCUGUGCUGUGGAGAUGAUGCAUAUGGCCGCACCCCGCUAUGACAUGGACCGCUUUGGCGUGGUCUUCCGUGCCAGCCCUCGCCAGGCUGAUGUGAUGAUCGUGGCUGGAACACUCACAAACAAGAUGGCCCCAGCGCUCCGUAAGGUCUACGACCAGAUGCCAGAGCCUCGCUAUGUCGUGUCCAUGGGGAGCUGUGCCAAUGGAGGAGGGUACUACCACUAUUCCUACUCGGUUGUGCGAGGCUGUGACCGCAUUGUGCCUGUGGACAUCUACGUGCCAGGCUGCCCACCCACAGCGGAGGCCCUGCUGUAUGGCAUCCUGCAGCUACAGAGGAAGAUCAAGAGGGAGCAGAGGCUCAAGAUCUGGUACCGCAGGUAGUGCCACCACUACUGGAGCCACUGGAGUGUGUC